UGCGAACCCUUCUGUCCGGCGGGAGGGGCGGACACCGAGCCUUAUAAGGGCUGAGCCCUGCGCAAGCGCAGAGGCAGCUGCAGUCGGAGGGGAGGGGGGGGCCAAAGAGAGAGGGACCUACACACUCAUACACACACAGACACACUCACACUCACACCGCGACACUCUCACACUGGUUACUUGGGGAAACUGGGGAAGAGGAGGACGGUCAGUGGAAGCCGAGUAGCGAAGGGAGCCGGGAGCAGAUUGUGGGCGCGAGGGAGACGCAGAGCCCCGGCAGCCGUCCCGGACGCCCGAGCGCCGCGUCCCCAGCAGCGGCGGCGGCGGCGGUGGCGGCACGUCCUGGGGAUCCCCGCUGCCGGGGCGCUGAGGUGGGCAGCUGAUCUCUCUCUGCCCUAGGACGUGUGCCCGUGGCUGGGUAUGUGAGGAUCCCCCAGGGCAGGGGGCGGAGGGAGUCAGUCGGCUGCGCCCCUGUGAGGGGCGGCGGGGUCUGCCUCCCCGGCGGCCCGGGGGGCCGUGGCGGUGCAUGUGUGACCGCUGGAUGCGGAGGAGGCGGCGGCGGCGGCGGCAGCAACAGCAGCAGCAGCAGAAGCAGAAGCAGCAAAAUGUUAGGACAGCAACAGCAGCAGCAGCUGUACCCGGCGGCCGGGCUCCUGGCCGGGGAGCGGGGCCGACUGCUCUCCUGCUACGUGCAGGACUACCUCGAGUGUGUGGAGUCGCUGCCCCUGGACAUGCAGCGGAACGUGUCCGUGCUGCGAGAAAUAGACACCAAGUACCAAGAAGCAUUAAAGGAAAUUGAUGAUGCCUGUGAAAAAUACAAGAAAGAAAAUGAUCCACAUCAGAAGAAACGCCUUCAGCAGAAUCUUCAGAGAGCAUUGAUCAACAGCCAGGAACUGGGUGAUGAGAAAAUUCAAAUUGUUACACAGAUGCUUGAGCUGGUAGAGAAUCGGGCAAGGCAAAUGGAAUUGCAUUCACAAUGUUUUCAAGAUCCUUCAGAAAGUGAAAGACCUUCAGAUAAGACAAAGAUGGACUCCAGCCAACCAGAAAGGUCUUCAAGAAGACCACGCAGACAGCGGACCAGUGAAAGCCGUGAUCUCUGCCACAUAGCAAAUGGCAUUGAAGACUGUGAUGAUCAGCCACCUAAAGAAAAGAAAUCCAAAUCUGCCAAGAAAAAGAAACGUUCAAAAGCCAAACAGGAAAGGGAAGCCUCACCUGUUGAGUUUGCAAUAGAUCCUAAUGAACCUACAUACUGCUUAUGUAACCAAGUGUCUUAUGGGGAAAUGAUAGGAUGUGACAAUGAACAAUGUCCAAUUGAGUGGUUUCAUUUUUCAUGUGUUUCACUUACUUAUAAACCAAAGGGAAAAUGGUAUUGCCCAAAGUGCAGAGGAGAUAAUGAGAAAACAAUGGACAAAAGUACUGAAAAAACAAAAAAAGAUAGAAGAUCGAGGUAGUAAAGGCCAUCCACGUUUUAAGGGAUUAUUUGUCUUUUAUAUAAUUCAUUUACUUUACAGAAAAUGUUUUAGGAUAAAUGCAUAGGGCUAUGCAAUAAUUUUUAAUCAUUAGUAUUAAUGGAGUAUUAAAAGUUGUCGUACUUUGUCUGUGGUUUACUUUUCUGCACUGAAUAACCAAAUGUUUUCAAGCCAGGUGGUCUUAGAAUAACACAUGGAAAGAAUUAGGAACGGUGGGAGUAUGGUGUGAACAGGUUGCUUUUAUUUUUCUCCACAAAAUUAUACAUAUCUCAUUGUCACUUAAAAUGGAAAUGUUGUUAAUGGGUAAACACCAAAGGUUUACUAGCAUUUAAUUCUUCUCUACACUUUAAAAGUUUUUAGACUCUUCAGCUGAUGUGAACUCUAUUUUACCUCUGUGGUACAUUGAAUCUUAUCUCUAGUCUCAUGAAGACUCAUUUAAGGAGCUAGAGAAGAAAGUUAAUUUAGGAUUCCAUGUGGAAUAAUGUACUCUCAUCAGAGUACCUUGCUGUUGUAUUUUUCUUAGCAGCAUUUUGAUAUACUGUCAGUAAUCCCAUUUGUAAAUGACUCCUUUUCACAAAAGCAGCUAUUAAUCCGCCUGUGUUUUAAAAUUUAAAAAGUUCUCCUUAAUAAAUUUGGGCACUGCAGAAUAAUUGGUAUACCAAAAAUACUAUCAUUAGGUUAGAGUGGCAGAAUUUAAGCUCAUGUAGCAGUAUAGGUUCACAUUAUUUUGGGGCAUUCUUCAAGGUGUAUUGUAUUUUCCUGAUAGUGAAAAACAAAACAAAACAAAACAAAAAAGCCAACUCUGAAUUUCUGUGUGAUCUGCUGGGGUGCCUGGGCACAGUUCUAAUUAUUUGAAAAGCAAUAUAGUUAUCUUUAAUAUCUGUAUAUCAAACAGUUGUUUUAAAUAGUUUUGCUGUCAUUUAAACAAUUUGCUUUCAUUUAAACCAUUUCCAUCAAUGAUGACACAUCAUUAUUAUUUUAACUUGGAGUUGUAUUAAUAUUCUUGACUUUCUCGUAUUGGUGCUCCCUGAUAUGUUUGCUUUGAAUGAAUAUGAUUUUAGGAAAAUGCAGUUAAUCACGUGUUUGUAAAAUGGUUUUCUAAGAGUCUUAUCUGUUAAAGAUAAGAAUGUUGAAGGAUGUAUGUUUGGAGAUUUUUGUUGGCUUUGGGGGCUUUAGCUUUAUCUAUGUAUAACCUGCCUUGUUCUCUUCCUCUUUGUUUCUGAGCCUGACAAUCUUGAUUCUUAUUAACAUGGUAAAAACCCUAUCUGGGUCUAAGAAGUGUUUACUAUGUAAGCAACAUGUUGUUGUGGAAAGAACAUAGGACUCUUUAAGAGUCAGACUGUGGUUUGAAUUCUGACCCUGACACUUAACUAGCUAAUUCAUGUUAGGCAAGUUGCUCAGCUUCUCUGCCCCCGAAUUUCCUGCUCUGUAAGGUGAUAGACUUGAACUAAGUCAUCCGUGAAGUCCCUUACAAUUAAAAUUCUCAUUUUCUGUAUUAAUAUGAAUUAGAGUGAAGAUUUUAAAGGCAAGUAAAAUCGACACUUUUUCGAAACAAAUAUUUUCUUUCAUCUGAAAUAUGAAGCAUAUAAAAAUUUAGCAAAUGGGGAGAGUUUCUAUCCAACAGCUAGUUUUGGUUGAGUUUAGAUGAUCUUAUUAGUCCUGGGGCAAACAUCAGAAAACCUGAUUUAGGAAUUCAUUCAUUUAUACAGAAAAUGUAAGUUAUUAACAUUAAGAAAUUCCAGGCAUUAGGAUUAGAGCAUUCCUUAUUCAAGACAAUUUCGUAAUAUAGUUUCUUUGUUACUAGACUGUCACGAGAUUGGUUUUUGUAUUUUUAUUUUUUGUGAUCUAUAUUAAUGCUUAAUGGUUACAAAGUGCUUUCACAUAUUUGAUUGUCAUACCAGCUGAGAUCAAGUGGGGGAAAAAAAAUAUAUAUAUAUAGUGCUUUGCAAGCUUUCAGGUGCUAUCAAUGUUAGCUUGAACAAUAAUAAUACCAGUUAAUGUAAGCAUAAGCCUGGUUUAAUUGUAAUCUGCCAAAUGAAAAUUGAUUAAAAUAGACUUGUUUUGAGUACUAGGACAGUGAUUAAUAACUUGUGAAUAAUAAGACUAGUUUAACAGGGAAGAAAGGAAAAUAUAUAGUUGCCUGGAAGUUUUACUUCCUAAUGUGGGAAAUAUAGUACUCUUAAAAAUACCCUUAUUGCUGUGUGACCCUGACUUCAAUUACCACUCUUCUGCCUUGGAAUCCUACUCAGUAUCAAUUCUAAGACAGAAGAUAUGGUUUCUUAAAAGUUUACCCUUAUUCAGUUUUUAGGGUACAUAUACUUUCAUUAUUAGCACCCACCUGUGUUCUGGGUUAUGUGUACAACUAAGAGCAUAGUUGGCAACUCAACAUUCUAUAAUAAGGGUGCAUCACCACCAGGUUUGGUAAGAAUUUCUUUGCCUCAUUAUCCCAGGAAAGUCCAGGCAAAUGGUUGGGGGUAAGGGAAGCGGGUGUCAUGGAUUAAUAACAGUCAUGAAGAACUGGGGAUCCACAAGGAAAGAGAAAUAUUUAAUUGCCAGUACCAAAUGAACAAUUGUAACCAAUUUUCCUCUUUAAAGUUUUUCAAAUUUCACUGUCCCCAAACAAGUUCCUAUAAUUCAGACUUCACAGAUUCAAAAACAACCCAACCCUACACUCCACAGUACCAAGAAUCAAAGAAUCUACACUAUCCAUGACAGGUGGCCAUUCAGACUCACCACUAUAGAUGGGAGUCUUGCUUGCCCUUUUCAAAAGAAAAAAAGAAAGAAAGAAAGAAAGAAAGAAAGAAAGAAAGAAAGAAAGAAAGAAAAGUUUUAUUAUUGCCCCUGUAAGCACAGUUACUUCUCUGUGAUGCACUCUUCACAUCCAUCCCACCCUCACCCCACCCCCAGUAGAAUCCUUCCUCGGAUUCUUAGAUUGUAAUAGAAGUAUAGUUAGAGCAAAUCACACAUUGACCACAUCUGAGAACAGGUCCCAUUCCGACUAGAGGUGGAAGCAUGUAUUGGCAUCAGGCCUGAAAGCCAUGAGGUCCCUGCGAAUCUUAGGUCUCUUCAAAUUUUCCUUUACGUUUUUGUGGCCAUUGUGUAAAUUGGUUUGGUUCUUGCCUGUUUUGCUCCACAUCAGCUCACAUGAGCCUCCUCAAACUCCAAAUUCUCAAUGUUUGUUAUUUCUUAGUUUACAGCAACAUUCCAUCAUACUUACAAUUUGUUUAGCCAUUCCCCCAAGGACGGUGGUCAUCAACUUUCCUUCUAGUUCUUUGCUACUACAAAAGAUGCUGCUAUAAAUAUUUUAAUGUAUAUAUAGGAUCUUCCCCUCUAUCUUUGACUUGUUGAGCAAAUGCCUAGAAGGAAGAUCACAGGGUCAGAGGGUUUGGUGACUUAAAAAUAAAGUUGAAAACAGUUUUUUUGAACCAUUAUGCCAUUCCCUAAUUUUGCCGACAGUGCAUUAGUGCUCGCUACUUUCCAAGGUAGCCCAUUUUACUUUUGGUUAGCUCAAACUGUUAGGAAGUUGGGGGUGGGGAUUUCCUUAUUUUGAGCCAAAUGUGCCUGAACAACUCUUACCCUGUUGGUCUUGUGUGUCCUUUCCUUGUUAGAUUGUAAGUUCCUUGAGGGGGAGGGAUUGUUUCAUUUUUGUCUUUGUAUCUGCAGUGCCUGGCCCAUAGGUGCUUAAUAAAUGCUUAUUGAUUGUU